GGAGAAGGAGGAAAGAAGAAAAAAAAAAGUGGGCUGUAACUUAAAGAUCUUAAGACUCCCAAGUGAGGGGUUGGUCUGGAGGUGGGAGGAGGGAGUGACCAGACACGGAGGAGACGGAGACUCAGGAGGGCGCAGGGAAGCGGCUUAGCUGAGGCCAGGACUCGGCAGGCAGGAGAGGGUGGGGGGACGGCUGGGCCCCAGGCAGCUCCUCGGCGGCUCCCUGGGGGGCUCUGGACGCCCUCAGCCCUUCCCGCCUGCCCUCUGAGCCGGUGCCGGCCUCAGCCUCGGGGCUGGUCCCCCGGGCCCCUUGCCCGGCCUCUGUCGGCUGCCGGCAUGGAGGAGGCUGGCGAUUUCGACAACUACUACGGCGCCGACAACCAGUCCGAGUGCGAGUACGCGGACUGGAAGUCAUCGGGCGCCCUCAUCCCCGCCAUCUACAUGCUGGUCUUCCUCCUGGGCACCACGGGCAACGGCCUGGUGCUCUGGACCGUGUUCCGCAGCAGCCGCGAGAAGAGGCGCUCAGCCGACAUCUUCAUCGCCAGCCUGGCCGUGGCCGACCUGACCUUCGUGGUGACCCUGCCGCUCUGGGCCACCUACACGUACCGGGGCUAUGACUGGCCCUUCGGCACCUUCGCCUGCAAGCUCAGCAGCUACGUGAUCUUCGUCAACAUGUACGCCAGCGUCUUCUGCCUCACCGGGCUCAGCUUCGACCGCUACCUGGCCAUCGUGAGGCCCGUGGCCAACGCUCGCCUGAGGCUGCGGGUCAGCGGGGCCGUGGCCACGGCGGUGCUGUGGGUGCUGGCCGCCCUGCUGGCCCUGCCGGUCAUGGUGUUCCGCUCCACCGGGGACCUGGAGAACAGCACCAAGGUGCAGUGCUACAUGGACUACUCCAUGGUGGCCACCGCCAGCUCCGAGUGGGCCUGGGAGGUGGGCCUGGGGGUGUCGUCCACCGCCGUGGGCUUCGUGGUGCCCUUCACCGUCAUGCUCACCUGCUACUUCUUCAUCGCCCAAACCAUCGCCGGCCACUUCCGCAAGGAGCGCAUCGAGGGCCUGCGGAAGCGGCGGCGGCUGCUCAGCAUCAUCGUGGUGCUGGUGGUGACCUUCGCGCUCUGCUGGAUGCCCUACCACCUGGUGAAGACGCUCUACAUGCUGGGCGGCCUGCUGCACUGGCCCUGCGACCUCGACAUCUUCCUCAUGAACGUCUUCCCCUACUGCACCUGCAUCAGCUACGUCAACAGCUGCCUCAACCCCUUCCUCUAUGCCUUCUUCGACCCGCGCUUCCGCCAGGCCUGCGCGUCCAUGCUCUGCUGCGGCCGGAGCAGGUGCGGGGCGGCCUCCCACAGCAGCAGCGGGGAGAAGUCGGCCAGCUACUCCUCCGGCCACAGCCAGGGGCCCGGCCCCAACUCGGGGAAGGGUGCAGAGCAGAUGCACGAGAAGUCCAUCCCCUACAGCCAAGAGACCCUCGUGGUUGACUAGGGCUGGCGCCUGCCCGGCCUUCCCCUGCUCUCUGAAAGUCAGAUUUCCUCUCAUUCAACCUCUAUUCCUCAUGGCAAUCGGAAGUCCACGGGGUUGGUGAUGGGACUGCCGGCUCCUAGGUGUCAUUCUAUGAGUGGGGAGUCGGGAAGGCAACGUCGAGGAAGAAGGGAGUCCGUAUUUAGUCUAUAUGCUGCUUGGCUUCCCUUUCCAAUUCCUCACCCCUCCAACCUUCUCUAGAACUGGGACCUGCAGGUGUCCCCACCACAGCCUGGCAUCUCCAGGCAGGACACUUUUCUUGAGCACUGGUGCUGCUGGGUGCCAAGAGUUAUGUGUGUGCGUGUGUGUGUGUGCUUGUGUGUGUACACAGAUGAGUAUAACAGGAAGAGCAGUGUGCCUGUGUCACUCGUCACUUGGGUGAACUACCCCCUUACUCUCUACUCUCUAAUCUCUACCACUUCUCCACUCUGCUUGCAGCAUCCUUGGGGAAAGAGGGACAUAGUGAGGCAAUAUAGAACAAAAAUGAGUUCACCCCUUCCCCCACUGGAUUUGGGGGCUCUGACGGCUGGUCCGUGCUUUAAGAGAGAUGUUCCUGUUAGGGCUGGGACCCCUCUGGGGAGAUCUGUCCCCAAGGCAGUGGUCCCAAGCCCUGGGGAAACCCAAUGUGCUGGGUGCCAUCAUUCCUAGUUCCAUGAGGGAAGCAGGAGGUGGUUAAGAGCUUGCCUUGGCUCCUUUCCCACACCUCUCCCCUCUGCUCUGAGUCCAUGAGUGUGUUCCCUACCACUCUUCCCUUUCCCCGGGUCUGUGGCCCCCUCCCUAAGGAACAUGCCUUCUCCCUUUGCCUGGGGUGAUAAGCACUGGGUGGGGUUUUUGUCACCUCACCACCAGGAUGGGACCCAUUGGCCUCUCCUGCUGGGCUGGGGGGCUGGGAACGAUGACUGGAGCAGCUGUGGCAGGGCUGAAGGCAUGACUUCAAGCCACCAGAGAGGCCUCAAGGACAAAAUUGAUGGUGGGGCCUUUGUGGGCUGGAGGCAGGGGUGUGUAUAUUCCAGGUUUUGUUCUUGGAGGCCUCCCGACAGGACGUGAAGGACAAGAUUUGCGCCAUGGAGGCAGGAAGAGCCCGGCGUGGUGUAAAUGGAGAGCUUGACCAUCCCUGGGAUGGCGCCAGCUCCAGGAGCCGAGGGAGGAGGAGAAAGGAAGAGGCUCUCCUCAGCUUAAUCUCCCCCUUGCAGACUGGAAUCUUCCACAGACUCCCUUUCUCAGCCCAGGGCUGUCCUCAAAGCAUGCGGUCAAGGUUGGAGGAAGCUACCAGAAGUGAAGAGGGUGCCUUUCUGAGGCCUUCCUCAGUGACCCCAGAGACCUCUUGCCUGGAACUCACUGGUGGCCCUGGACAGAGGAUGGAGGCUCCCUCAUCCCCUACCAGCCCCCUCUUUGGAACGUCUCUGCUAUGUUUUCUGACCCUGAUAGUCACUUCGGUUCAUUCAAUAAAUCUGUUUU